AUGCAGGAAGAUGGUGGUGAGGAAGAAAAUCAUGACAAUGAUGAAGAUGAGCAUGAAGCAGAGCAGACGUCGCAGCAGCGUGCCCUCUUCGCCGAGCAUAGAGCCCGAGCUCAGGCUCAGAGUGCGUUAGCCACUCCAAAGGUGCUUGAGUUCUUCGACUCGCCGCUGGUGCGUGAGACGCUUCGCCACUGCUGCGAGGACCUGGCCGAGGAGCCUGCAGAGAGCCUCCUGCGGCGCUACCGGGCGGAGGCAAGGGCAUCGGAACUCGCUCAUGCAUUUCCCGCGAAUAGCAUCGAGGCCAUGUGGCCAGAUGUCACCAUUGAUGAGGUUCACAAAGAGCCUUGGUUUCUGAAUGAGUGGCAGGCUGGCCUUCUUCAGCACUCCAACUUCUCGGGUGGGCCGAAGGCCGUGAACGACUUGACACAGCAGCAGAUCUACGGCUGCCGACCUUUCGCCGGAUCCGGGCCAACUUGGAAAGAAGCUGCGGAGCGCUUGAUCUACAUUGCUCACAACAUGCUCCGAUUAGAUUUCGGCUCCCUGCCCGGAUUUGGCGACGUGACGGCCGUGUUCAACACCACGCUGGUGCGCGACAUGGUCAUCAUUUCUCCGCACGACACAGGUCAGUAUGGUAUGGCGUGCCUCGAUGAGGGUGUGCCUGGCAAUUUCACGCCACCACCGCUGAACUGCUCUGCUUGGCCCGGACAAGUUCUGGGCACCAUGGACCACUUGGACCACCUCAUACUGCCUAAUCUCUACAUGGCCUACAACACUUCAGCAACUCUUCCGUUUCCAUUUAAUGCCAGCGGCAAUCGCUCGGUCCGGAACUCCAUUCGGGCACUCUUCCAACGAUCCGCAAUAUCGAAGGUGGCGUACGAGGACAUACCACCUCUGGAUUUUUGGGCCUCCUUCCAGUUCCUGGAGGCAAACCUGCUUGGCAACCCUCGGCUCCCCGAAUCGGUGAAGUAUCUCAUUGGCAACUUCCAGGAGAUCUUUGGCACUCCCGAGGGCCGAGCACUGCAGCGACUGGCUGCACACCGCGCCUGGCCUCUCUUUUGGGCAGUUGGGAGCUACAUGCCAUUCCUACCCCAGCAGAUGGUCAACACUACCAUGGCUUCAAAUCGGCGCAUUGCAGACCCCGCCAACGCAGCCAACUUCACCGACGCUGCCGUCCCUGCAGGGGCUACGGCCACGUUUGAGGAGGUCUGGUCCAAGAUUGAGGAGGCACGCGCCUCCCGAAAGCUCACGGAGGCAGACGUGGCGGAAGCGCGGCGCGGUGGCAGUGCUGGUCAUGUGGGUCCAGGCAUUGAAGCGCGGCUUCGGACUUGGGGCUCAAGAGUUUCAGCUUGGCGAGCUUCCGGCCCGCACUUCUGGAUGAACUGCAACAUGUCGAGGGCUAGAAAGAGAUGGAGAGCUAGGCCGUGUCUCUUGAGCUCUCUCCACAUCAAGACAGGGUGUGCUUGA